AUGGACGACAAGACCGGACUGCCCCCCUAUGACGCCGUGAAGGGCCCGUCAUGGAAGCGGGCAAAGGUGCGCAAGUCGAGAGCGGUGCGACUGCUGGCCGUCGCCUGCAUCGCCUUCAUCGCAUUUGCCCAGUGGAAGCAGCUGAAGCACGCCUCAACACCCCCAGCAAGCACCAACCCAGACAUCACGGCACACGGCCUCUCGGUCGAGCGGCUGCAGCAGGACCUCGCCACAUGCGCCAAGCUGCAGAGCAAGCCCGAGGACCCGGCUGGCCCCGGCCGCGACCGCAAUGCCCGCUACCUCGAUGGCCGCCCGACCCUGAUCAGGAACGCCACCGUCUGGGUCGGCGAGCCCGCCGACGGAACCUCGGCCGACGAUGCCCGCAAGGAAAAGGGCUUUAGCUGGAUCUCCGCCGACGUCUACCUGGAGUACGGCCUCAUCACGCGGGUUGAGUCGGCGAUUGCCCUCGCCGGCGUUUCCGCUGACACCCUGGUCUAUGACGCCAACGGACGCCCCCUCACGGCCGGAAUCAUUGACAUGCACAGCCAUGCCGGCGCUGCUCCGCUGCCCGAGCUGGACUACAACGAGGACACCAACGAGCUGUCGUCCGACAUUACGCCCUAUGUGAGGUCUAUCGAUGCUAUCAAGCCCGACGACCCCCAGCUCCAGGUCAUCAAGUCGGGCGGGGUGACCACAAGCCUGAUCCUCCCGGGGUCGGGCAACAACAUGGGCGGCGAAGCCUACGUCAUCAAGCACGCCGUUGGCAAGCUGAACGGACGCAACGAGACCAGCGCCGCCGACAUGCUGGCUGACCCGGACCGCAACUGGCGUUUCAUGAAGAUGGCCUGCGGCGAGAACCCGAAGCGCGUCUACGGCAAGACGGGCGAGCAUGGGCCGACCAGCCGCAUGGGAGAGAGCUGGGAGUUUCGCCAUGCCUUUGAGCAGGCUGCCAGCGUCGUACGUAGGCAGGACGACUGGUGCGACACGGCUGCCGCCUUGGGAGUCGAAAACGUGAAAGGCUACCUGCCGCAGGAGCUGCGAUGGGAGUCGCUGGGAGCCCUGCUGCGUGGCCAGGUGCAUCUGAACACGCACUGCUACACCAUCCCGGACCUGGAGGCCUUCAUCGACCACACCAACGAGUUCAAGUUCAUCUUGCGAGCCUUUCACCACGCCCACCAGACGUACUUGGUGCCCGAGAUCCUCAAGCGUGCCUACGGGGGAGAUCCUCCCGCCUCCGCCCUGUUCGCCGACACCAUGUGGUAUAAAUCCGAGGCUUACUCGGCGUCAGAGUAUGCGGGGAAAUACCUGUACGACAACGGUCUGACGCCCAUUUACGUCAGCGACAACCCGGUCCUCAACGCCCAACACGUCGUGUUCGAAGCCGCCAAGGCAUACAAGUACGGCCUCCCGUACCAUGCCGCUCUCGCGUCCGUCACCACCGCGCCGGCCGAGCGGCUGGGCUUCGGAAAGAGACUGGGGAAGAUCAAGCCGGGAUUCGAUGCCGACGUGGUUGUCUGGGACAGUGAUCCGCUCAGCGUGGGUGCUGCUCCGGCGCAGGUCUGGAUUGACGGAACAGCGCAGUUCGAAGACCCGGUUGAGCUGAACAAGCCGUUUGCCGAGCCCAUUGUCCCCGACGAGCGUCUGGCGGACAUUGUCGAGACGCCAACGAUGAUGGACCAGGUGAUCUUCACGGGCGUCAAGAAGGUGUUCCUCGCGAAGGAGGUCCUGAGCCUGGACCCGGCCAGCGGCAAGAGCUAUAAUAUUGUCUUUUCCAAGGGAGAGAUUGCCUGCCUUGGGUCUUGCGAGGCCGAGCUCAAGGCUGCGUCCAAAUCCGACGAGGUCUCCGUCAUCGACCUCGAGAACGGCUACCUUGCGGAGUCCUUCACGGCGGUCGGCUCGGCGAUCGGCUUGACGGAAAUCGACGCCGAGGAGGACACGGACAACGGUGACGACGGCAGCGGCGCGUUCAGCCGCGCCCAAGACGGGCUGCUGCUCGACACUAAGAAGCUGCACACGUCGUACAACUACGGCGCCACAAAGGCGAUCACGGCGCCAAAGUUCCGUGGCGGGAAGACGCACCACGGCGUCAGCGUGGGCUUCGCCACGGGCGCGUCCACUCAGCUAGAGAAGGGCGCCGUCUUCGCCGCCGACGUCGCCGUGCACUACACGCUCGAUCUCUCGGCCAAGGGCGGCGAGGGCACGCCGUCGCUGUCGUCUGCGGUCGGCGCGCUGCGCCGCAAGCUCCUCGAGGCUGCCGCAACGCUCGACGAGACGGCCAAGGACCCGUACUCCGAGUUGGCGUUCCUGCAAAAAGUCGCCAACGGCAGCCUGCCGCUGGUCGUGACCGUGCACAGCGCCGACAUCAUCGCCGCCCUUCUCAAGGUCAAGGCCGCUGUUGAGGAGACGACGGGCUCGGCCCUCCGCCUCGCCAUCAUUGGCGGCGCCGAGUCGUGGCUGCUCGCUGACGAGCUCGCAGCCGCGGACGUAGGCGUCGUGCUCGCGCCGCUGCUGUCGUACGCCACGGGCUGGGACCAGCGGCGGGCGCUGACGGGCGCUCCGCUGACCAACGGCACGGCAGUCGACCGGCUCGUGGACGCGGGGGUCGCGACGGCUAUCGGCAUCGACGAGGACUGGCUGGUGCGCGACCUGGGCCUGUUGGCGGGGAUCGUGUUCAGGAACGGCGGCGGCAGGCUGAGCGAGAAGGCGGCCCUGGAUCUGGUCAGCUCCAACGUGUACAAGAUCCUCGGGCUGAAGCAGCCGACUGCCGACGACGGCCACUUCGUGCUCUUCGAGGGCAGUCCGCUGGAGAUUGGCUCCCGCGUGAAGGCUGUGGGCGGCGGCAAGGGCGCGGUUAGUGUUUUUCGAUGA